CUCGUUUACAUGUUUUUGGUUGUGUGUGCUUUGUUCAUUUACCACCUCAUGAAAGGAAAAAAUUAUCAAAUCAAGCUGCCAUGUGUGUUUUUGUUGGAUAUGGCAUUGAUCAAAAGGGUUUCUUGUGUUAUGAUCCAAAAAUUGGUAGAAUUCGCAUUUCUAGACAUGUGGUUUUCUUGGAAAAUUUAUUUUAUUUUGAUGCAAUUGCAAAACCCAAUAAUUCCUCACCUUCUGUGUUGCAUGACUUUUCACUUGAUCAUAAUGCUCUAGCAGAACAAGUUUCCAUUGAUCAAUUCCAUGCAGCAAAUGAACAACCUCAAACUUGUUCCUUUCACCAACCAGAAGAUGGUACACUUGUGGAUGCUCAAUCAGUAAGUGAUUCUAAUCCUGCUUCUAAUGCCUCUACUAAUUCCAUUGUUUCUUUACGUCGUUCUGCCCGUACUAUUCAUCCACCUGAUCAUCUUAACCUUUUUACCUCUGUCUCUUUGUUGACAACAUUAGAUUUUGUUGAUAUACCUCAUUCUUACCAGAAGGCUGUUAGCAUUCCUUGCUGGAAGGAAGCUAUGGAUUUUGAAUUAAGUGCCUUAUUGGAGAAUGACACUUGGGAUAUGGUACCUUGUCCUUCUAAUGUGUCUAUUAUUGGUAGCAGGUGGGUCUUUUCUAUUAAGCUCAAAGCGGACGGUAGUAUUGAGCGAUAUAAAGCAAGACUUGUUGCCCAAGGUUAUAAGCAAGAGUAUGGAAUUGAUUAUAUAGAAACAUUUGCACCAGUGGCUAAAAUGACUACAGUGAGAUUACUUAUUGCUCUUUCGGCAAUGCAUCAGUGGCCUAUUUCUCAAAUGGAUGGAAAGAAUGCUUUUCUGCAUGGGAAUUUGAAAGAAACUGUUUAUAUGAAGCCUCCUCCAGGUUAUUCACAUUCUAAAUCCAUGGUUUGCAAAUUAAAGAGAUCAUUAUAUGGUCUUAAGCAAGCUCCUCGAGCUUGGUUUGAAUGCUUCCGUCAAGUUAUUGUAGAUGCUGGGUAUGUUCAGAGUUCUCAUGAUUAUUCUUUGUUCAUGCAUAACUCUCCGCACGGUGUUACUCUACUUUUGAUUUAUGUCGACGAUAUGCUUAUUACCGAUAGUAAUAAGGAAGGUAUUGCUAAGUUGAAAGAGUUACUUUGUCGUUCUUUUCAGAUGAAGGAUUUGGGGCCACUGACUUAUUUUCUUGGUUUAGAAGUUCACUCAUCUUCUCGAGGUUAUGCAGUGAAUCAAUGGAAGUAUGUUCUGGAUUUGAUCCAAUUUGCAAAUUUAUCUGAUGAUAAGUGUGUUGAGACUCCAAUGGAAGUAAAUGUCAAGCUUAGGCAGGAGGAUGGUGAAAAACUCUCUAAUCCUAGCUUUUAUCAUCAACUUGUGGGUCGCCUCCUUUAUCUUACUAUGACUAGACCUGAUAUUGCUUAUGCUGUGCAAGUGGUUAGUCAAUUUGUUGUAGAUCCUCCGCGGUUACAUCUAACGGUUGUUCUUCGCAUAAUUCGAUAUCUUUGUGGCACUAUUUCAAGGGGACUUUUCUUCUCCUCUCAUCCUUGUAUGCAAUUGCAAGCUUAUGCAGAUGCUGAUUGGGCAGGUUGUCCUGAUACAUGUCGCUCAACCACAGGUUGGUGUGUGUUUCUUGGUGAUUCCCUUAUUUCUUGGAAAUGUAAGAAACAGAAAACAGUGUCCAAAUCCAUUGCUGAAGCUGAAUACCGAGCAAUGUCUUCAGCAUGUAGUGAAUUAACUUAGCUUCGAGGAUUUUUACAGACACUUACUUUUCCUACUCCUCCUUCACCUCUUUAUGCUGAUAAUAUGAGUGCUAUUCGUAUUGCAUCCAAUCCUGUCUUUCACGAGCGUACCAAGCACAUUGAAGUGGAUUGCCACUUUAUACGGAAUAUGUAUCUUGCAGGUGCCAUUACUCUUCCUUAUAUUGCUUCUAAGCAUCAAAUUGCAGAUAUUUUUACAAAGGCAAUGACAACUGCACGACACAAGUUUUUAGUGAGCAAACUGACACUGGUUUCCCAGCCUCAGUUUGAGGAGGAGUGUAGGAAAUAGGCAUAUUUUGUAAUUUUGUUUUAUAUUAAGGGCUUUUAUGUAACUUUA